AUGCGCCUCCGAACCACGACACCCCAGAACUUUCAGCAGGCGAACCCCGCGCUCGCUGCCGGCCCCGGACGGAGCGCGGCUCCCGGCAGGAAAGCGGCUCCUCCGGCGGCUCCUCCGGCACACGGGGCCGGCACCGAGCCCAGAGACCCCCGCCCGCUGCCCCUGCCCGGCGGGGCCGGCACCGCGCCCGGGGUGACAAGCCUGCAAGCUCUAUCUCCAGCCGCAUCCUCCCGGCGCCCCAGCACCGCCCCGGCCCCGCCCCGGCCCCGGCCCAGCACCGCCCCGGCACCGCCCAGCACCGCCCGGGCACCGGCCCAGCACCGCCCGGCACCGCCCCAGCACCGCCCCGGCACCGCCUCGGCACCGCCCCGCACCGCCCUGGCCCUGCCCAGCACCGCCCCAGCGCCGUCCCCGCAUCGGCCCAGCACCGCCCCAGCACCGCCCCAGCACCGCCCGGCACCGCCCCAGCACCGCCCGGGCACCGGCCCAGCACCGCCCCGGCACCGCCCAGCACCGCCCCGGCACCGCCCCGGCACCGCCCAGCACCGCCCGGGCACCGGCCCAGCACCGGCCCAGCACCAGCACCGCACCGCCCCAGCACCGCCCGGGCACCGCCCCGGCACCGCCCCGGCACCGCCCCAGCACCGCCCGGGCACCGGCCCAGCACCGCCCCGGCACCGCCCCGCACCGCCCCGGCACCGCCUCGGCACCGCCCCGCACCGCCCUGGCCCUGCCCAGCACCGCCCCAGCGCCGUCCCCGCAUCGGCCCAGCACCGCCCCAGCACCGCCCCAGCACCGCCCGGCACCGCCCCAGCACCGCCCGGGCACCGGCCCAGCACCGCCCCGGCACCGCCCAGCACCGCCCCGGCACCGCCCCGGCACCGCCCAGCACCGCCCGGGCACCGGCCCAGCACCGGCCCAGCACCAGCACCGCACCGCCCCAGCACCGCCCGGGCACCGCCCCGGCACCGCCCCAGCACCGCCCGGGCACCGGCCCAGCACCGCCCCGGCACCGCCCCGCACCGCCCCGGCACCGCCUCGGCACCGCCCCGCACCGCCCUGGCCCUGCCCAGCACCGCCCCAGCGCCGUCCCCGCAUCGGCCCAGCACCGCCCCAGCACCGCCCCAGCACCGCCCGGGCCUCCGCUGGCAAACGCGCAUGCGCGCUGUUCCACUGCCGUACUGCUGCGCGCCACCGGGUGUCAGGCGCGAGCCACUGCGCGCGCCGCGCGUGCGUCACUGCGCCGCCGCGCGCGUCAUUGCGCCGCCGCGCGCCAGGCCUCGGUCGGCCCCCACACGGGGAGCGCCGAGCUUCGGGACACUGAGAGGGCGGAGCCGCCGGGCUGAUUGCUACCCGGGGAAGGGGCGGGGGGGGCCACCGGCCAGCCCCGCCGGGCACGGGCAGCGAGCGGCCCACAGCGAGGGAGCCGAGCCCCGCAGCCCGGAGCCCUCCCGCAGCCCCGAGCUGGCCCCACAACCCCGAGCCCCGGAGCCCUCCCGCAGCCCUCACGCAGCCCCGAGCCCCGAGCCGGCCCCGCAGCCCCGCGCCCCGAAUCCCGCAGCCCCGAGCCGGCCCCGCAGCCCCGAGCCCCGAGUCCCGCAGCCCCGAGCCCCGAGCCGGCCCCGCAGCGCCGAGCCCCGCAGCCCUCCCGAGCCAGUCCCGCAGCCCUCCCACAGCCCCGCAGCCCUCCCGAGCCCCGCAGCCCUCCCACAGCCCCGCAGCCCUCCCGAGCCAGUCCCGCAGCCCUCCCGAGCCCCGCAGCCCUCCCGAGCCCCGCAGCCCUCCCACAGCCCCGCACUCCUCCCGCCCGAGCGGCGGGGCGGCGCCAGCCGAAGCACAGUCCUGGCUGGAGCUCUCACACAAACCAAUUUCGUCCUCCUGAAAGGCUGGUUUGCUCUCACCACACACGAGAUGAUGUGUCCUUCUGCUGUGACAAGCACAUUGGAAGAAUUUGGGAGCUUCCAUAUCAUUGCCUCCUGGCUCAACAAGACACCCUGA